UACUGGCUAUUAUCAGUCUUGAACGGGAAUCGACGAAUGUUAGACGUAUCGGCUAGGAACGAUUCGAUAUUUUCGGUUAUUGUGCCUACUAAUUGGAAGUGACACGCGCUUAAAAUAAAUCAAGUGAUAAUUAGUUCCAAUUCGUGAACCGUUCUAGUUUCGGUGCAUACUAUAGGUUCGAUGAUUAUACGCGGCUAAAGAUAGCUCGGCAGAUCCAGUUUUAUCACACUGCGUAUUGCGCUGGUGCCGUCUUCUACGUAAGACUAUUUGCAUUUCCCCAAAAGGCGUCAGAUUCGAGCGAACUACGUUGUCAUCAGAAGUUCCCUCAUACGAGGAUUACAGGACGGCCGUAUCGGUUUCAGUGUUUAUCUGCGACAAUAUUUGCUCAGAGAAGUGAUAAGUUAGAACUUCUUUUUCCGGGUGUGAAUGAAACGUGUAUCCGCUGAUAACAUAUUACAAGGCGUUCCCGUGUAAAUCAUCUAAAUUAAGUCAACAAAAUCUUCUUCGUGGCAAGAUUUACACGUAGGUUGUUCAGCGCCAAAGUUGAACUAGGAAAAGUGUCUUAUCUCGCGGGGCGAUUGUUUGGGGAGAAACUAUCGCCGCCAUGAAGGUGCACGGUUGCGUAUAAUGCACCAACCCAGCAGAGUGCAUCCACCGAUUGUUCAGUGAUGCAGCGAUCCAGUUUAGUGCGCUGGUCCUAUGUGGUGAACUGUGUGAAUUAGCUCUUAGGUAGCAAUCAGCGACAACCUAGAAGAAGUUUCAAUUAUAACAAACGUGACUGAAAAUGAUGUUCGUCCACCUGAAGCACACAUUGCUGGUAGUUCUAGCGGUUAUGGCAGUUGCCAUAGACUGCCGAAUAGUGGCCGACCAUCCUGGCUCGAACUCACUUACAACUGAAUCCGUCGUAACAACGCCAGUCGCCGCCGUCCCUGCCGUUGAUUCAGAUUCCGCCGGUAAUCCAGUAAAUCCAAUCGCCAGCAGUACUUCGACUACCGUCCCUAGUACAACGACUACGACCUCCACAACCACUACCGAGCCAUCUACGACCCCGUCCACGUCCACAUCUACCACAACAACCACCACCACCACGGAAUCGACGACGACCUCCACAACAACGACCAGCACUUCAACGACGACCGUCCCAACGACCACAACCACCCUAAUUCCGCCCACCAACGAACUCGGUUGUUACAACGCCGCGCCGGAACUGUGCCACAACCGGACCAGCGAGUGCGAAUGCAGUCCGGAUCCGAUCAUACCGGGGGCCAUGUACUGCUGUAACGUGACCGACAUCAAUAAGGCCAUUGCUUGCGCUUCCAACGGUGGCGGAUCGGAAGCUGGCGGGACUUCCUGGCGGUACAUCCACAUGCGGAACGUCACCGUCCGGGAACUGGUGCUGAACGUGUCCAACCGGUACAUCAAGACCCUGCUGUCGGUUUCGUUUACCGACGGUUCGAUCCAGAAGAUUAGCACCUCGUUUACGCGGUUUUCGUCGCCGGUGUGUUUCAACAUUUCCAACAACAACAUUAGCGAGAUAGAACCGAGGGCGUUGAAGGAGCUGCGGAAUCUCAAAUCGUUGGACAUUUCGCACAACAAUCUGUCGACGAUCCCGUCGAUGGGCGCCAAUCUGACGCUGGAUAUAAGAGGCAACAGCGGUAUGCUGUGCAAAUCCCUGCUGGAAUCCCUCAAGGAAGGCAUCAAAUUCAUCGACGAAACGUCAACCUUCUGCCUAACGAAUCGAACCUUCAACUGGUUCGACUCCACGGACUUUAUUCCGUUGCCCCAGCUACUGCUGAGUCAACGCAUCCAGAACGACUGCCCAACGAAUUGUACCUGCGCUUUGGAACGGCUCAACUUCGAUCUGAACAAUACCGAUCGGAAAACGUUUACCGCCCAAGUGGACUGCUCCGGGCAGGGACUGAUGGAUUUCCCGGAACACCUUCCACCGGAUACGGUUACGUUGAAUGUUUCUAAUAAUAAUAUAACUAGUUUGAAAGCCCUGAUAGGGAAAUCGUACAGCACUGUGCAUCGUCUGUACGCCGACAACAACCAGAUCACCUCGUUGAGUGACCUCGAGGGGACGGACUUCAUCUCGCGGUUCACCGUCUUUUCGAUUCGGUGGAACAAGCUGAAAACUAUCCAAACCUACCAGUUCCGGUCCAGUCUGGAUCUUGGAUCGUACAUGUUCCUCGAAGGGAACCCAAUGACCUGCGAUUGUACUGCGGCCAAGAAUCUGAAAAACUGGCUCCUGAGCAAGAAGGCCCAGGUGUUCGACCACGAUAUGAUCUACUGCGAGGGGAACACCCAUCUGUCCAAGGUGGUGCAGAUUCAGGAGAGCAAGCUGUGCCAAUCACAGCACGAUUGGACCGACUACAUAUACUAUCUGAUAGCGACGGAGAUCAUCCUGUUGAUCGCAUUGAUCGGCAAAGUGUCGUACGACUACUGGGUGUUCAAGACGGCCGGCUAUCUGCCCUGGCCGGCAAACAAAAUGCCCAAGUUACCGUGCGAUUGUCUGUGCGAGUAGGUCGGCUCAGUUUAAUGUAAGUAACGCUUUUAUCUCUCUGAUUAGGUAAAUCUCAAGUGCCUUGUACCGUCUGUGAUUGAUCUUUUAGUGUAUUAUGUUCGAAAACGGAAGUUCGAAGAAUCUACAGUGAAACAUGUGUCAAAUGUAGAAUUACGAAUAA